AUGAUUGAAGAGAUCUACGAGGUUAGGCCAGAGAAGUUUAAUGACGCGCUCAAGUCUUAUCUCAAGUCAACCAACAAGGUAGUCCCUCUUCAGGAUUAUGAUAUCAUGAAAACUGGAGAAGGAAAGGAACAAGCACCUAUUGAGGAUGAUUGGUACUUUACAAGAAUGGCUUCAAUUGUGAGGCAAAUCUCAAUCAAAGGAGCUGUCACACCUGAGUUUCUUGCAAAGAGAUAUGGGUCACGCAAGAACAGAGGAUGCAGGCCUAGCAAGUAUGUCAAUGCUUAUCCAGAGAUAGGUGUUUCCGUACUCGAGAAUCUGAAGAACAUGGGAUGGAUAAAUGAACAUCCUAAGGAUAUGUUGACAGAAAAGGGAAGAACAGUUGUCAAGGAAAUUAUUGAAAAGGUUAGGGAAUAA